AUGGCAGCGAUUUCGUAUUCCGCCGACCCUACACUAUACCUCUACACCUCCCUCACAGCCGGAAGCUCUCAUAUCAUCACUGCAACCUCAAGAUUAGAGACAAUCCUCAAAGCAAACAAGAUACCCUUUCGGGCAGUAGACUGUGCUACAGAUGAGAAGGCUCGCAUGCUGUGGGGUAGAAGAUCAAAGGGCCGCAAACUCCCCGGACUUGUUAAGUUCGGCACAAUCGUUGGUGACCUCGAACAGAUUGAAGAAUGGAACGAAUACGGCGAGCUCCAAGAUCAAAUCGCAGGAUUCUCGGAAUUCGGUGGCCCAGUACCUACUCCUGCCCCUGCCCCUACCCCUGCCACCCUCGCUCCAGAGCCAACAACCAGGAGCGCGAACUCAUCCGGACCCCCUUCACGAGCCUCGUCUGAGACAAGACAUAUCUCGAUCGCCGAACCUAAAGGUAAAGACUCCGCAGCUUCAGAAGGCGCGGCGUCAAAGCCAGCCGAGACACCGUUGAACAUAGCCAUGAGGCAACUUGGUGCAGAAGCAGCUGCCAAAGCAGGUCAAAAGAAAGCCGCGGCACUGCAAGCCGCUAAGGUGCCCACCAAGACACCAGACACGACAGAGAAGAUCCCCGUGCCCGCCACAACGAAACUGAGCGUCGACGCGGCCGCCGAGGACCCGGAGACAGUAGGCGAAGUGACAGCAGCAAAGACACCGGCGUUGCUCGCAGCAGAAGGCGCCAAGCGAACGUCCAUAGACAAGAUCGCCGAGUCAGAGGGCGGCGCAUCAAGCACCAGCAGCAGCGAUGCUGAAGGCCACUCGACCGAGGCCCAGAUCGUCGAGCAAAGACGAAAGAGCAGCAUCACCAAGCUGAAAUCGCGGUUGAGCGAAUCGACACCCGCCGACCAAGCCGAGACUGUUGUUGUGGAUUCGUCCCCCGCGCCCAAGUCAGAGACAGCCGUGCCAGAAUCCGAAGUCAGUGCCGACCCGCCCGUAGAAACACCCAAACAGCAUCGUGGAAGUGACAUCGGAGAAGCGAGCGUUGAAGAGAUAAAGGAGAUUGAGAAGGAGACGAGCAUUCCUGAGGCUGCGGAGGAGGAGAAAGACAAAUCGGGAGCAGUAGCCACUUCAACAAAUUCUACGGAGAAGGAGAAAGAACAGGUUGUUACGAGUACAGAUGAGACAGAGGAGCAAGUCACAAAAGGCACUGAUCCUCAGGACUCGAGGGCCAAAGACGCGGACAAGGCAGGUGUCAGUGUGGGUGAUUAA